AUACAGCACUUCAACAAAUCUCCAUCAAGAAAGUGUACCCAUCGACUCACAAAGCAUAGACGAGUACGAAGAAGAGAUGGAUCCAGCCGAGGGCCGAAGGAUACUGGUGGCCGUGGACGAGGGCGACGAGAGCGUCCACGCGCUGCGAUGGUGCCUCACCAACUUCGCCGCGCGCGGCGACGGCGAGCUUGCUCCACCGGACACCAUCCUCCUGCUCUACGUCCGGCCCACGCCGCCCACCUACUCCGUGCUCGACGCCUCCGCCCCGCUAGGCUAUAUGUUUGCCAAUGAGGCGACCGCCGCGAUCGACGGGUACAGCCGGGCGGUGGCGGACGCGGUGGUGGACAAGGCGCAGAAGCUCUGCGCGCUCCACAGCAAAGAGAACGGCAAGGUGAAGGUGGAUGUGAAGGUGGCGGUCGGGGACGCCCGGAGCGUCAUCUGCGACAUGGUGGACAAGCUCGGAGCCGACCUGCUGGUGAUGGGGAGCCAUGGCUAUGGCUUUCUCAAGAGGGCUCUCCUCGGGAGUGUCAGCGAUUACUGCGUCAGGAACGCCAACUGCCCCGUUCUCAUCGUCAAGUCGAAAUAACAGGGCGAACUGUUCAUGGGAGCGAUGUGCUAUUUGGCAUUUACAUCUAAUGCAAUGUCAAAAAUGCUCUUAUAUUAUGGGACGGAAGGAGUAGUCUUUAUUAUGCCUUCUAUUUUCUUCAUUCACUUUUGCUUCUUCAUGUGUAACCUGCUAGAGGAGCUAAGGGGAAGUGUCAAGCAAUGUCUCUCAAGAUCCCCGCGACUUGUAUAUAUGCCGCUGUUACUGCUCGGUUAUCGGUUGAAUUUAUCUUAUUAGACAUGUUAUUUAGCAGCU